AUGGAUGGAAAGUCUGACAUUUAAAAGGCUGUUUAUCACUUUUUCUCUUGUUCCUAGUCUAUUGUCAAUAGCCAAAAGUCAUUAGACAUUUUCCAGUACUUCACAGAAGACAUUUCUGAUCAGUUAAUGUUGAAAUCUUAAGUGAUUUAAAAUCCGAUUUAGUUGCUGUAAAGUUGGACUAUUUAGCCUCUUACAUAGAUUCAAUCAUGUAAAAGCGUGAUAAUAAGAGGAACUUUUACGAAGGCUAUUGCUUUACUUGGAUCAGAUGAUUACUAAGGGCUGAAUACAAUACUAUAUUUUGAUUUAGUACAACUCAAAUCCACUGAUUUUUAAAUGAGAUUUAUUGGUAGUACAUAUUCAGAUAUUUUAAAAACCUUCUCAGCUGUAUAUAUUGGAAACGACAAAUGGUAUUUUGGUGGAAGUACUUCACGAAUAUCGAGAAAAACUUUCUAAUAUCAAAUUGGCUUUAUAUCAACUUACCCCACCUCCGAAUAAAUUUAAAGCAAUAUAAAUGCUAAAUUGGAAAUCAAAGGAGAACUCCAAAACUUUACCAGAGUUAUUUAAGGUGAAAAUUUCAUAGCUACAAGCUAUCAAAAUCUAGAGUUGCAUGAUCUCUAGUUUACAUACACUCUGACUGUAAAUCCAAUGCCCUACUCAGAUGCAAUUUUCAAGUAUAAUGGCACGGCUUUCUUGAUAGAUUCGAACUCAAUGAAUGAUGUGGGUAACUACAGCAUUUAUAUAAUUGCUACACUGCCUAAUCGAAGAAGGUCAUUUGCAGUUUUCAGAUUGAUUAUUUUACCACCCAAAGUUAAACCUCAAUUUACUAAGAAAUAAGAGCCACUUAUGCUAGAGGGUACUAUUAAAAAUCAAACUGUGGUUAUAGGACAUUAAAAAAAUUAAAAAUUGCCAAGCAUUAUCCAAUCAAAAAAACACGAAGAUGCUUAAUUCAACAUAUACCUGCUAGGGGACUAAUUGAGUCCAUCAUUCAUAACUUUGGAAAAUAAAAUCAUGAUAAUCAAACCUACCUAACCUAGAGAAAUAGGUGUCUAUUUACUAUAGCUAAACAUCACAAAUGAUAAUGGUGAUCUUUACUCAUAAAAUUUCUAGAUAGAUAUCAUAGAUGGUCUAUCAUUCGACUAAAGAUAAUCAAUGUCUCAAUAUAUUUGGAGUGAUCAAAUUAUAUCAAAGGACUGCAUAUGGAUUAGUGAGGAUACUUUUCCUAAAGUAACUAUAGAGUAAAUCAACUAAAUAAGUUAGGUCUUGCUUAAAAUUGAUUAUGGCAAUAAGACAAUCAUUCCCUAGUUGAAAGAGCACAUUUAUUUACGAACUCUGGAUGAUAACAAGUUUAAAUUGAGUCUAAUUGCAGACUUUUCAAAUGAAAAUACAACAAUGUUCUUUAUUAGAUAUUAGCUAAGAUUCGAUAAUCCAGAAAUGAUUUCAUCAUCUAGUAAUAAAGACAUAUUGUAGAUAUUUUACUCACCGAUUCACAUUUACAAUAAUCAUCCAAAUUUUAAUCUUCCUCUGUACUUUUAAGAUGAAAAGAGAAUACCUGCAUAGUUUCCUAAUGACUUUGAUGAAUAGAGUUUUGAAUACUUUAGUUUGGGCUAAGAAAUAUUUACUUCUUCCCUCACUACUCUUUUCAUUUCUAAUAUUGCAUUAAGUCUGAUAACUUCUAAUGGUCUUCAAUAUGUGUGGAGCAUGGUAAGUUCCUUACAGUUGAUAUCAUAUUUACCACUUCUAAACAUUAACAUACCAGCAAAUUUGUACUUGCUUUUAUCACUAAUUUAAGGACCUUUGCAAUUCAAUUUUAUUAACACCUAAGAUCUUACUUAAGAGAUGUUCCAAAUUGAUGAUCUGGAUAAUAAACCCUCGUUGAAUGAUAGAUUUGAUAAUUACGGAUAUAGUAAUAACCUUGCAAUCAUCAAUUUGCAAAUGAGUUUCUAUUACUUGCUGUGCUUCCCCAUGCAAUUUCUGGUUAUAUACUUCACAAAAAGUCUAUCAAGAUUUUCAAAAGUUUUCUUAUUCUUUCAUAAGAAGCUGAAGAAAAAUUUGUAGUAUGAUUUUUUCCUCUGCUUAUUUGUUGAAAACUACAUUUAGAUUGUUCUCAGUUGCCUGAUAAAUAUAAUGAUCCCAUCAUACUCUGGUAUUGGUGAUAUAUUCUCAUUGGCACUCUCCUUCAUACUUAUUGUGUAAAUUCUCUAUUUAUUGAUAGUUAGACCUUACAUAAAAUAAAUAUAAAAUAUUGUUGAGAUUAUCAAUGAAUUAAGUGUGCUUUUGAUUUCCCUACUUCUGCCAGUUUUCACUGAUUUCAAUUACAAUUUCCUUAGUCAAUAUAAUUUAGGAUAUUUGAUUAUUGCUAUUUUGCUUUUGGUUACUUUAAUAAAUGCGAUCUUCACGAUCUAUGAUAUCUAUUUAGUAAUGGCAAGAUUUGUUAAGAGGAUUGCUAAGUUUCUAUCUAGAAACAAAAUUCAUGAUGAAAGAAUUGUACUUAAUCUCCCUCUUGAUACGAACCAAUAAGCUCUCUGUAUAAAUUAGGACUCAAAUAGUGAAAGUUCAGGAUCAGGCUCCAAUAGAAGUCGUAAAGCUUGGAGAAAGUUAAUGACAGAGGAUAAUUUUGACAAUUUGGAGAUUAAAUUCUACCCAAGAUCUAAGGUUAAUCUAAGUAAUAUUAAUGAAGUGACGUUAGAUUAUGAAGAUAGUGAGGAAAACGAAUAAUAAAUUGAAGCCAGUUUUUAGUAAACAAGAAGAUAUUAUUAGAAUGAUUAAGAGUGGGUUAUGGAUACCUUUGAGAUCAAUAGAUCUGCUACAUUUGACAGCAAAUUGCAGUUUCCAUAAUGUUGA